GUAAUCGAUAGUCAGUUGUCUACAACGGGAAGGAAGUUGGCUGUCAUAAACUUAUAAGUGAGAGUAUUUAAAGAAGCUCGAGAAUUUGAGCGUCUACUUUUGAGCGCAUUUUUGGUUAGUGAUUUAGCAAUUGCAUCUAAGAGAAAGGUGUGGAAAUAAUGGAUUCCGUGUUAAUCUGCCUUAGCCGUUUCGUCCGCCACCAAAUGUGUGUCAACAUCCUCUUGUGCUGGUGAUGCUGCUACUGUCAUGGCAACACAGGCUCCUGAGCAGGCUCUGUUGGCCUCUGACCGCUACGCAAGGCUCAUCCUGGCCCAGUUGAACAAAAUGAGGCUACGCACAGACUUUUGUGAUGUUCAGCUCCGAGUCGGCGGCCGGGUCUUCAAAGUCCAUCGGCUGGUGUUGGCUGCCAGUAGCCCGUACUUUUCAGCUCUUUUCUCCGGAGGUAUGAGCGAAACAAAUAAAGAAGAAGUGGAGAUUCUGGGGGUUAAUACUGGAGUUUUUGAGGUUUUGCUGGACUUUGUUUACACAGGCACAAUCAAUGUGACCAUAGACAAUGUUCAAGAACUGAUGUUGGCAGCAGAUAUGUUGCAGUUCAGCGAGGUGGUCAGCAUAUGUGGGGAGUUUCUCAAGGGCCACAUGGAUCCAUCCAAUUGUGUUGGCAUCUUCCAGUUCCUGGAGCAGAUUGCCUGCAUGGAAAUGCUGGAGUUUUCUGAGAACUAUAUCCACGUUCACUUCCUUGAGGUUUGUAUUGGUGACGAAUUCAGAGGCCUCUCAAAGGAUCAGAUCAUAAAGCUUCUAAGAAGUGAAGAGUUAAGAAUUGAGGAUGAGUACCAAGUGUUCACUGCGGCCAUGGAGUGGGUCCUUCAAGAUGUGGCCAAGAGAAAAAAAUAUGUGGUUGAGGUGUUGGAACCAGUGCGCUUCCCUUUACUUUCUCCACAGAGGCUAUUCAAGUACAUAGAGGGUAUGACUGACUUCAGCCUGAGGGUAGCCCUGCAGACCCUUUUAAAAGAGUAUAUUGAAGUCACAAAGUCUCCCAAGGACAAGAUCCACUGUCAACUACACCAAGUCAAGAUGAGACCGAGAAGAAAAGCUAGGAAAUAUGUUUAUGCUAUAGGAGGAUACACUCGGUUACAAGGUGGUCGUUGGAGUGACAGCAGGGCGCUUAGUUGUGUGGAGCGCUUCGACACCUUCAACCAAUAUUGGACCACGGUGUCAUCUCUCCAUCAGGCUCGCAGCGGGUUGGGGGUCGCAGUGCUCGAGGGCAUGAUCUAUGUGGUCGGAGGAGAGAAAGACUCGAUGAUCUUUGACUGCACAGAGAGAUACGACCCAGUGACUAAACAAUGGGCUGCUGUGGCUUCUCUUAAUUUCCCUCGCUGUGGAGUUGGCGUCUGCCCUUGCCAUGGAGCACUGUACGCUCUUGGUGGGUGGAUCGGCUCUGAGAUUGGUAGUACAAUGGAACGUUACGACCCAGAGGAAAACAAAUGGGAGGUCAUAGGCGACAUGGCCGUUCCCCGCUAUUAUUUUGGUUGCUGCGAGCUACAAGGUUUUAUUUACGUUAUUGGAGGAAUUAGUGAAGAAGGGACAGAGUUGCGCUCAGCAGAGGCGUAUGAUCCCAUCACGCGUCGGUGGAGCGCCUUGCCUGUUAUGCUUACACGUCGAGCCUAUGUGGGAGUCGCCUGCCUCAACAACUGUAUUUACGCAGUUGGUGGUCGGAACGAGGCUGUGGGUGCUUUGGAGACUGUGGAAAAGUACUGUCCAGAACAGGAGAAGUGGAUAGAAGUGGCACCAAUGUCCACGGCACGUGCAGGAGCGUCGGUUUCGGCGGUUAACGGUUUGUUAUACGCCGUCGGCGGAAGGGCCGCCAGCAGAACCUUCUCUGCCCCAGUGACGAUUGAUUCUGUGGAGAUCUAUGACCCUCACCUGGACACUUGGACAGAAGUUGGCAACAUGAUCGCCAGUCGCUCUGAUGGCGGGCUAGCUGUUCUCUGAUCACCUGUAGGUAUUCUACUUUAGACUCGAUAGGAACCCGUAUCAAAGGAAAAGCUGCACCUUGAGACUACACCUGUUCCAAAUAGUCACAGAAUGUUUAUUUAUACAUGAACUAAUUUGUGUUUACUUAUGUAAACUGAUGGGAAUUGUCUCUAUUCUCAGUCCCUCUCAAAUUAUUUCAAAUAUGUGAUGAAUUGUAGAAUUUAAUAUUUCUCUUGUUCAUUUGAAAAGCUGUCUCCCAAACUUUUUCAAUUGUUUAUUGUUCAUGCUUGUGAGUCCCGAUUUAUUUUUGUCCUGAGAUCAGAUGUGAAACUACCGUUGUUUGUCUGUCUCACUUUCUUCAGAUAUGUUGACAGUAUGUGCUGUGCUACUUGAAAGUCUUAUAAAACCAUUUCAGCCUAUUUAACAAUGAAACAUGAUAACUCAUGGAAUUUUGUGAGUGGGGUGAAAAAAAUACUCUAUUUGCAAAGCUUGUGCUCUUACUACUGGAUUCUUUUUGUAAUGAUGACUAGAAGUUUUCUAGUAUGUUUUAAUUUUCACUCAUUGUAUUUCCCCUUGGUUUUGAAGACCAGAGAGGAAUGCCUAAAACACAGUUGUCCAAACUUCCACAAGGGCCACAGUGGGUGCUCGUUUUUGUUCCAACUGAUCCAGCAAAGUCAGUUUAACCUGAAACCAGCAGCACCUAACUGCAAUCAACAAUUACACUUUUAAGACCCCAUAGUGGUGAAAAGGUCUAUUGAUCAGUUGGUAUGAAAACCUGCACCCAAUGCUGCUCUUGAGGACUAGUGGGGACACCCCUGACCUAAAUAGUGGCAGUGUGUCUUGUGACUAUGGCUGUCUCUUAUCAACCCUUAAACAAACAUUGCUGUAAAAAUAUUAACCGAUAAUUGCUUUUCAGUGAAAUAAACUUCUU